GCGGCACCGGCGUCCCUCGCCGCCGUCACGAUAGCGGCCGGCCGCCGGUCGGGGGCGGUGCUGCAGUAAGCGGACGGACGCAUGUGCAAAACAGUGGCGCUCAGCCGGCCGCAGCAGAGCCUAUAAAACAACCCCGCCCUCUCCACGGAGCUGUCAGAGCGCUUGUGAACUGCGGCUCGCAUCCACGAAAGAACACUUCCGCGACAUCCCAGGCCGUACUGCUUCCUGCAGCCGCUGUUUCUUACAAGUGGGAUACGCACAGACGAAAGGCAGCAAUGGCGACGGAAGCUUCUACCGGGCCCGAGGCAGUCGUGGAGUCUCCUACGGUCACCGAACAUCUCGUGGUAUCCGAAGACAAGCCAGCGGCUGUGGAGCAGCACGCGUCCUCGGAAGCGAAAACUGAGGAGCCAGCUGCUAGUCCUGCAGAGUCUGUGCAGGACGCACCCGUUUCUGAGCCCACGAAGGACUCGGACUCUUCUGCUACGACUGAAUCGCAGGAGGAAGACAAACAGAGCGACAAGCCGGAAAGUCAGCAGACACAACCCGCCGCGCCAGAACCUUCCAAGGCGGACGCUCCCGGCAGCGAACCCUCACCUGCUGUGAAUACGGCACCUGCUGCUGAAGUGACGGCUCCCACCACGGGCCCCGCAGACACAAGCAAGUCCGAAGCCAAGGCUGAGGACGCGAAGGCGGACACCACCGUUGACCAGGUCGCCGACCAGCUGACGGGCCUUGCCGUGAAGGACGAGAGCGACCCGAAGAAGGCUGACGAGACCAAGCCAACAGAGUCCGAUGACAAGCCCGCGUCUUCGGAGGCCGCCGCGGAAGGCGACGUCUCGUCAAAGGCGCCUGAAGCAGACAAGCCCGCCGCCGAAGGCGAAGAAAAGGGAAAGAAGCGGCGUUGCGUCAUAGUUUAGUUUAAUAUAGGUUAGGUAUUCACUAUUUAUAUGAACAUCCUUUUUACAAAGUGUUCUUUAAUAAACCUUUUUACACUCCGCU